AUGGCGAAUCGCACAGUGAAAGAUGCGCAUUCAAUCAAGGGGACAAAUCCUCAAUAUUUGAUUGAAAAAAUCAUCAGAACUCGAAUAUACGAAUGUCGUUACUGGAAAGAAGAAUGUUUUGCUCUCACAGCUGCUCUUCUGGUUGAUAAAGCUAUGGAAUUGAAAUAUAUAGGUGGUGUAUUUGGUGGAAAUGUGAAACCAACAGAUUUUUUAUGUCUUAUACUCAAAAUGUUGCAAAUUCAACCUGAAAAAGACAUUGUUGUUGAAUUCAUUAAAAAUGAAGAUUUCAAAUAUGUUCGUGCAUUAGGUGCUAUAUAUAUGAGGUUAACAGGGACAUCAUUAGACUGUUACAAGUAUCUAGAACCAUUAUAUUUAGAUUACAGAAAAAUGAAAAGAAUGAACAGAAAUGGUGAAUUUGAGAUAUUACAUAUGGACGAAUUUAUAGAUGAGUUAUUACGUGAAGAAAGAGUUGUAGAUAUAAUUUUACCUCGAUUACAAAAAAGACAAGUAUUAGAAGAAAGCAAUGAGCUAGAAGUUAGAGUCAGUCCAUUAGAAGAAGAUUUAGAUGAAAUGGACACUUCAGAGGAUGAGGAAGUAGCUAGAAGUCCUUCACCAGAAAGGAAUCAACCUAGAAUCAAAUAUCAAGAUGUAGAUAAACCAAAAAGGAGUCCCUCACCCAAAUACAAACGUAGUCGAUCUCGGUCUCCACAUAGAAGAGAUGAUGAUGACAGGCAUCGGAAAAGUAAAAAGAGUAAAAGAGAUAGACAUCAUCGUGAUGAGGAUAGAUCUCACAAAGACAGAGGAGAAAGAAGUCGUGACAAACGUGAUAAGGACAGAAAACGUGAUCGUGAUAAUCACCAUUCA